AUGACUGAUCUUGUCCAUAGCUUUUCGAAUCUGGUUCGCCAAACAGAUCUGGCAGAAAUGUGCAUUCAUCAUCUGGCUUCAAUAUCUAUCCAAGCAUUCUUCGUGAACAACGUCGGAGAAUUGCAGCAAAAUGCAUGUAAUCUAGCAGCGAAUAUUUUCACGAAUGCAAAAGAACAUGUGCGGAUGGGAAUGUUAAACGACAUCUUGAACUCCUUGCAUCGUUCGCCAUGUGGUCGAAAUGCGAACAAUGGAUACAGAUUUGGCCCAGAUCAGUGGAUAAGCAAUACUACAGUGCUUGUGCUCCAGUUACUGCAAAGCGUUGUCAGAAUACCAGAGAGAGUUCAUCACAAAGGAGAGCACACUGAUGACCCUGAUUCUGAGCCAGCCAUUCAGUCAGAUUCGGUUGUUCCUACUUCAUACAAAGAAGUCCAGACGCUCGCACAGGCUUUCGCAUCCGGAUUUCUAGCGAGGUGUUCAUCGAAGGGAAACAAAAACGAGGGUGAAGAAGACUAUCGAGCGCUUUUCGACAGCUUUCUGCAAGAUAUGCUCACGGCUUUCAAUAAGCCAGAGUUUCCUGCUGCUGAAAUGUUCCUGCAGGUUGUGGGUAACCUCUUGGUGAAGAACUGUCGGAACAAAAGUGCCGAUAUCGCAAUUCGAACGGUCAGUCUCGAAUAUCUGGGGCUGAUCACGUCACGCUUAAGAGGUAGCAUGAUAUGGUCUAUUGAAGAUUCCAAGGAGCGCAUGGAUCUCGUCGUAAGAACCAUCAAAUAUGAAGACAAUGUGCAGGAAGAUGGAACUUCUUUAUGGCCAAGCGUAGCAGACGUAGAUAUCUCCGACAUGACCUUCAGCGAAAAACAGAUGGAGUUGGAACGUGCCUUGCUGGAUUACAUUAUCGUUAAUAAGGAUAUCACUGUAGAGUAUGCUGUAAGGUUUUAUUGCUGUGUGUGGUACAAAGAGAUUCUCGAAGACCUGCAGGAACUCGAAGCACGAUAUGCUGAAAGUAAACGUGAGAACUUGUCGGAAAAGGAACACCGUAAGAAUGAGUCUCGUCACAUGAAGAAAGUUAAGCGUGCACAAGCUCAAAAGAUUUUUCUGAUUGACCUUUUGGGUCGCAAAAAAGACAGGCAAAGGAGAUAUGAAAAUGCUAAACGCUUCGGUAGUUCUAUGCUGGAAUCUGACGUAGCUUGGUGCAUAAAAUAUCUUGCUGCUAAGAGGGAGUUCACUCAUUCCUUUGACUCGUUCCUGAAACAGAUUGUCACUGGUAUCACGAGUGAAACCACAGUGAGUUUACGGACGAAAGCCAUGCGAUGCCUCACUCAGAUCAUCGAAAGUGACCAAUCUGUUCUUCUCAUGCCUGAAGUUUCUUCUGCUGCUCACAACCGUAUGACCGAUUCCAAUGCUGCAGUUCGUGAAGCGACGGUCGAAAUGAUUGGAAAAUUCGUGGUUGCCAAUUUUGACGCGAUUCCCACAUACUAUCCUCUCCUUGCGGAGCGCUUAAUGGACACCGGCGUCGCUGUGCGAAAACGAGUCAUUCGUAUAAUGCGAGAAAUAUGUGAGAAAUUUCCGCAUUUGGAGCAGAUUCCAACCAUGCUCGCUCAAGUAGUACGGCGAGUGCAAGACGAGGAUGGAGUGAAGAAGCUGGUCUUGGAAACUUUCCAGGCGCUUUGGUUUCAACCAGUAUCUGAGCGCAAUUCAGCAGCGCUUCUCAAGAAGGUAUAG